AAAUAAAAGCAGAGGAAGACAAGAGGAGACAACAGAGAUGGACAGAGACAGAGACAGUGAGGCCGAGACAGAGAAGAGAGACACCACGGCAGAGAGAGAAACCAUCUGAUGGAGAGACGAGGAGAGAUGGAGACACGCAGGAUAAACACGCCGCCCUCCUCACCCCUGCAGCCCCAGCUCCACAGAGGGAGGGGCAGGGAUGAGAUGGCAGAAACACACCCCCACACUGACCUCCUUCCAGGACUCUCUGUCCCUCAGCUCUGCCCGCCUUCCCUCCUGCUGUCGGCCAAGCCCAUUAAGUUUCUGGCCCAGCCACAACUGAAGGCCCCACGCCCUGGGGAGGAAACCACAGAAGAGGCGUCCCCGCUGCCUAGCACCCCAAACCAUCAAUUAGUAUUAACAAGGGAAGGCUCCUCGCUGCCUAAAGACCCCCAUCGGAGCUCUGAUGGAGGGGAGGCCCCACCCCCAUGACUCAGGAGGUUAAAGGGCCCGGGGGCCAGCCUGGGAGCCCAGAGUGUCCCAAUGGCGUGUGGCAGCAGGAGGGUCACUAUCCAGCUGGUGGACGAGGAGGCAGGGCCUGGAACCAGGGGCCCGAAGCCCUUUCGGGGCCAGAGAUACGAGGCGAUCCGAGCAGCCUGCCUGGAUGAGGGAAUCCUGUUCUGCGAUCCUUACUUCCCUGCUGGCCCCGAUGCCCUUGGCUACGAUGAGCUGGGGCCGGACUCGGAGAAGGCCAAAGGGGUGGAAUGGCUGAGGCCCCAUGAGUUUUGCGCCGAGCCCCAGUUCAUCUGUGAGGACAUGAGCCGAACAGACGUGUGUCAGGGGCGUCUAGGUAACUGCUGGUUUCUUGCGGCCGCUGCCUCCCUCACUCUGUAUCCCCGACUCCUGUGCCGGGUGGUGCCCCCUGGACAGGGGUUCCAAGGGGGCUACGCAGGUGUCUUCCACUUCCAGCUCUGGCAGUUUGGCCGCUGGGUGGACGUCGUGGUGGACGACAGGCUGCCGGUACGUGACGGGAAGCUGAUAUUCGUGCGCUCAGAUCAGCGGAACGAGUUCUGGGCCCCGCUCCUGGAAAAGGCCUAUGCCAAGCUCCACGGCUCCUAUGAGGUGAUGCGAGGCGGCCACAUGAAUGAGGCCUUCGUGGACUUCACAGGCGGCGUGGGCGAGGUACUCUACCUGAGGCGAGACACCCCAGGCCUCUUCUCCGCCCUGCGCCAUGCCUUGGCCAAGGAGUCCCUCGUGGGCGCCACUGCCCUGAGUGAUCGGGGCGAGUACCGCACCGAAGACGGGCUGGUGAAGGGACACGCGUAUUCAGUCACGGGCACAUACAAGGUGUCCCUGGGCUUCACCAAGGUGCGGCUGCUGCGGCUGCGGAACCCAUGGGGCCGCGUGGAGUGGACCGGGGCCUGGAGCGACAGCUGCCCACGCUGGGACGCGCUCCCCGCCGAGUGCCGAGACGCCCUGCUGGUCAAAAAGGAGGAUGGCGAGUUCUGGAUGGGGCUGGAGGACUUCGUCCGAUGCUUCAACACCGUCCAGGUCUGCUCGCUGAGCCCCGAGGUGCUGGGCCCGAGCCCAGCGGGGGGGGGCUGGCACAUCCACACUUUCCAAGGCCGCUGGGUGCGGGGCUUCAACUCUGGCGGGAGCCAGCCUGGCAACGAGACCUUCUGGACCAACCCCCAGUUCCGACUGACGCUGCUGGAGCCCGAUGAGGAAGAGGACGAUGAUGAGGAGGGGCCCUGGGGGGGCUGGGGGGCGGCGGGAGCAUGGGGCCCUGCGAGGGGUGGCCGCAUCCCCAAGUGCACCGUCCUUCUGUCACUCAUCCAGCGCAACCGCAGGCGCCUGAGGGCCCAGGGCCUCACUUACCUCACCGUGGGUUUCCACGUGUUCCAGAUCCCCGAGGAGCUGCUGGGCCUGUGGGACUCCCCGCGCAGCCGCGCGCUCCUGCCCGGCCUGCUGCGCGCCGACCGCUCGCCCUUCUGCGCCCGCCGCGACGUGAGCCGCCGCUGCCGCCUGCGCCCCGGCCACUACCUGGUGGUGCCCAGCGCCGCCCGCGCCGGCGACGAGGCCGACUUCACGCUGCGCGUCUUCUCCGAGCGCCGCCACACCGCCGUGGAGAUCGAUGACGUCAUCAGCGCCGACCUGCACGCCCUCCUGGUCCCCUACGUUCCCCUGGAGCUGGGGCUGGAGCAGCUAUUUCAGGAGCUGGCCGGAGAGGAGGAAGCACUCAGCGCCCCUCAGCUCCAGACCUUAUUAAGCAUCGCCCUGGAGCCUGCCAGGUCCCACGCCCGGACCCCUCGAGAGAUUGGGCUCAGGACCUGUGAGCAGCUGCUGCGCUGUUUUGGGAACGGGCGAAGCCUCACCCUGCACCACUUCCAGCAGCUCUGGGGCCAUCUCCUGGAGUGGCAGGCCACAUUUGACAAGUUCGAUGAGGACGCCUCUGGAACCAUGAACUCGUACGAGCUGAGGCUGGCGCUGAAUGCGGCAGGCUUCCACCUGAACAACCAGCUGACCCAGGCCCUCACCAGCCGCUACCGGGACAGCCGCCUGCAGGUGGACUUCGAGCGCUUCGUGUCGUGCGCAGCCCAGCUCACCUGCAUCUUCCGCCACUGCAGCCGGCAGCUGGAGGGAGGCGAGGGCGUCGUCUGCCUGACCCGCAGACAGCACCUGCGGCCGGAGGCGGAAGAGCCGCCGGGACCCCCCCCCCCCCCCCGGCCUCUGCCUGGCACGCGGGGCCGGUGCUCUGGCGCGAUGCGGCGGUUCGGAGCGUCGCCGCGGGAGCCAGCCCGCCUGGAGCGGCUUCUGGCUCCAGUGCCCACCAGCCGGGCGAUGCUGGCCACGCAGCUCCCUGCACUUCUCUGCGCUUUGCUCUCCCCAUCCGGACGCGGGAUGGCGACGGCACUCUUCUCGUGCAGGCUACGCGACUUAGCGCUCGGAGCCUGGCAAGAGCGGGUCCCCGGUAGCACCCAUUUUUACAGUCACGGGGACGGGGAUCUCCCAGGCCCAGCCUUGCUCUGGGAAGAGGUUCUCCCGUGGCUCUGCUAAGCAGAGAACGGAGACGGGAGACAGAAAAAGAGAGAACACCGUAGGAAUCCUUCUGAAAAAUAUUACAUGUUUUAUUAUCCUGUCCCCAAGAAGGGUGGUUUAUCCAGAAACCGAGAAAAAAAAAAAUAAUCAAAUCAAUCAGAAUAAACUCAAAAAUGGGGAGGGGGGAGGAGGGGGAGGGAGCAAAACCCAUCAACUAACAGGCGGCCAGGCCAGCAGCCCACCCUCCACCUCGGGAGGGUCCCCAGAGACCCAUGCCCAAUGACAGACGGCAGAGAGGAAAAGCGGGAAGGGGCUGGGGGAGGGCAGCAGAUCAGCUAUGUCUUCAUCAUGAGAGCAGAAGGCGGCAAGGAUGUGUUGCUAGGUGAAUAUAUAUUUAUAUAAUAAAUCCGUAAGUUCAUAAAGUAAAUAGUAAUUCUCUGAAAGUUUUUAAUUCCUUUUUUAUAGGUUUUUCUUGUGUGUGCAUUUUUUGUUUUUGUUGUUUUGUGUUUUUUCUUUUUUUUGUUUUUUUUGUUUUUUUGUUUUUUUGUUUUUGCUUUUU